AUGGCUAACACUUUACCUAUAAUUCUAUUUCCAAUUGCUCUUGUGUUAUGUAUUUCAGCAGCUAUGGCAGCAAGAACUAAAAUUUCUAUUGUAUCAUCAUUAUCACAAGAUGGAAACUUUAGUAUCUGUAAAUCAUUGGUGGAGACCCAAGGCUAUACUUGCCAAGAACAUAAUGUAACAACUCCAGAUGGUUAUAUUCUUGGAUUGCAGAGGAUUUUAGUGGCUAAUAAAACAGCAAAUAAUCCCCCUGUUUUAUUACAACAUGGGCUCUUGACGGAUGCUCAGUCGUGGAUGCUGGGUUCCCCUAAUGAAUCAUUGGCGUUCAUGUUGGCGGACAACAGAUUCGAUGUGUGGCUUUCCAACACUCGAGGAACACCUUCUAGCCUUGGACACACGUCACUUACUCCUCAUGAUUUUACUUACUGGGAAUGGUCAUGGGAUGAACUGGCUGCUUAUGAUCUUCCAACUUUCAUCCAGUAUGUGCAUGAUCAGACAGGGCAGAAACUGCAUUACAUAGGGCAUUCAUUGGGAACUUUGACUGCUUUAGCUGCUUUCUCUGAAGGCAAGUUGUUAAAUAUGCUAAGAUCAACUGUUUUGCUAAGCCCAAUUUCUUAUCUGGGUCAGAUGCCUUCACCGGUUCCAAGAACUAUUUCUGAACUAUAUUUAUCUGAGAAACUAUACCGGUUAGGUGUCCGCCAAUUCAUUCCUGGAGGGCAGGAUGUGGCCAAACUUGUGGAGUUUGCAUGUAACAGACUGGGAAUUAGCUGCACCAACUUAUUGACCAUUUUAACGGGCCCAAAUUGCUGCGUCAAAAAAUCUGUAUUAAAUGCUUUUCUAGAGCGUGGACCUCAGCCAACUGCAAUGAAGAACAUAAUGCACCUGGCUCAGAUGGUCAGAACUAAAACAAUUGCCAAGUAUGGUUAUGGCAAUGAAGAUGAAAACAUGAAGCACUAUGGGCAGGCUACUCCUCCUAUCUACAACAUGACAAACAUUCCAAAAAACUUUCCUCUUUUUCUCAGCUAUGGGGGAAAAGAUACACUUUCCGAUGUCAAUGACAAUCAAGUUUUGCUAGACAACCUCAAAGUUCAUGAUCGAGACAAGAUGGUUGUUCAGUACCUGGCAAACUAUGCUCAUGUGGAUUUUGUGUUGGGAACCAAUGCUAAUCGAAAUGUGUUUGAACCUCUAAUAGCCUUCUUGAGGCUCCAUUGA